AUGAAGGUGAGCAUAAAGAACAGGACAGAUGGAACCGUGUUCCAACUCGAGAUUGACGCUAGCGCAACGAUGGGCGAACUUCGCUCAAGAAUCUCGUCCCAUCUUGAGAAGUCUUGUGACCCGAGGUCGCUGAAGCUUUCACUUGGCGAUCAGCUGUUGGACCACGCGGAUUCUGUGACUCUCAAGAAGGCAGGCCUCGUGAGUGGUGACCGGCUCUUCAUGGAAAUAGACUCUUGCACAUCCGACGCUGCAAAAGCAGAGCCUCAAGAUCUGAAAGCUGGAACUUCGAAUGACGACGAUGACGCCGCGAUGAAGUCUGAUGAAGAAACGGAUGCGACCACAGUUUUUCGCGAUGAUGUUGUUCGAGCUGCAAGGGAAUAUAUGGAAAAUUCUGGAUAUUCUAACUCAUCGCUGCAGUCAUGGUCUACAAGUAAUGUCACCGGUGCUGAACUCCGUUUUGAACUUCGCACUCGAAAUAGAACAUCGGAUAUUUUCAUUGUUAUAACAACGCUACCUCAGCCGAAAUUUGUCCGCUAUUGUAAAUGUCGGAAGGAUCAUUUGUCGCGUAAACUUCUUUCGUCGUUCACUGUACAGCCAGCAUCCAUCAAGGACAAUGUAACUAAUGGAGUUGCAAUCGCAUUAUCUGGUUCAGGUGAGCUUCGUUGUGCAGAUCUUAUUGUUCAGUUUAUUUACAAGGCGUCGCGACGUGUCAAUUAA